AUGCUGCUGGGCUUUCGCGGUUUUGGUAGUAAGGCAAAUGGGAAUGGCCUUAUUAAACGAUUUGGAAGAAACAUUUGGACCUACUUCCAUCGUAUUGGCUCCGACUAUCUCAAUACACUUCGGGAUACCGCCCGUCAAGUUCAGGAAAAGCCAAUCAAAGCCUCCGCCAUCCUCUCUGCAGUGGGGUUUGCCACCGCAGUGUAUGCUUCCUGCCCCCACGAUUUCGAUUAUCAAGGAGCUCUCCUCUCCGCCUCUAUCGAUCUCUGGGAAACCCCUGAGUGUCUCCAAAACCGUCGAAGCCUCACUCACGUCGAGGAACGAAUUCGUGCUCUCGUCUGUCCGUACAACUACGCUAGUUCAGGACCGGCUGAUGGCACAAAGCACGUUUUCUCCACGCGAAUCGUUGAUGUUGGUGCUAUUGGACGCUUUUGGGCACUGGAUUCAGCCAUGCUUGACUACGACAUUAACGAGGAGGAAUUUUCCGAAUGUUCUAGUGACGGCACCCAGUCAUCAUCGUUUUGA